AUGAUUGACUUGCUACUCACGCAUGCAGAGCUAAGGAAGAUAAGCGGUAAGAUGGGCUGUAGUGCAUUCCAAACGCCAACUGUGGAUGUCGCUGAAAGUCCGAGCGAGUUCAAGCCAGCUUUUAGAGCUAGCUUGAGAGUGUUGCUUGCAGGUUCCACCACAAUCAGCACUCUCAAAUUCCUAGUUAAACUGCUCUUCCGCCGAGACGCAUUCGAAUCGGUAGACAGCUCCCUCCCAAGAGCUCUGGCUUUGUACACACUUGCAAACAGACUUCUCGGAAGGCUGCGUGGUAUUUCCAAAUCUUGGAUACCAGCGAUUUCAUCACCGGCGCUUCUGCUUAUAAAGCAGCCUCACUUGAGAUUCACUCUGGCUCUUUACACGUUAUCAGCAGUUGCAGAAGCAUUCUAUGACCUCUACAGCCAUCUUCUGCCGAAAGGGGGUAUAUACGACGCAAUCUUCAGCUCGAAUACGAUCUGGCUGUUGUCACAGUCGAGGCUUCUCAACAGCUUCGUCUACCAUCCAGAUAUUUUCCCGACAUCCUACGCCAAGAUCAUCUUCGCGCGGUCCGAAAAUUACAUACAAAGACGACCAGCAUGGGUCAGCCCACAGAGCCGCUGGCCAUCGCCUCGGGAUGUUCUUAACUACAUCGCUUCAGCAUCAGAGCACGCAUACCCCAAGCUCAGCGAUAGCGUACCCCUGCUUCGACAGCCUGUGCAACCUAUAAUUGAUUCAGCACACUCACAGCACACCCAAGCUAUCUGUGCAGCGUUACAUCCAGCUGAACCGAGCUGUCUCAAACAUUAUAUUGUUGCUCUUUUCAAAGAAUUGAAAGGCGCAGCUCGAUUUUCUGGUGUUUUAGCGGUGCUAAGUGCGCUGUUUAGGCUGAAAUCGGGGCUGAAGAAUCCAAUACUCACACUGCGCAAUAUUGCGAAAUCUACAGUUCAUGGCGCUGUAAUGAUAGGAGGAUCGAUAACCACCUCGUGGGCCACCACUUGCUUUUUGCAGAAGAUACUCCCGAAUGACGCGCUCAAGAAAAAGGCGCCGACAGCUGGCCAUGUACUGCGCUCGAUUAACCGCCGACCUUGA